UCCUACUGCUCCUCCUCCUCCUCCUCCCCCGCCUGCUCCGCACGCGCCCGCGCUUCUCCCCCGCGGCCUGCGAAGGGGCCUGAGGCGCAGUCGUCUGCCUGAGCCGCGCUUUGCUCCCCGGGACGAGCUCUUACCUGCCGGGCGCAGCCUCCAGCAGUGUUCCCGUACGGGAGAACCCCUCCCCCAGUGCUCACUCUCCGGUGCCAGCCCCGCCGCUGCCGUUGCCCCCGCAGGGACCGAGAUCUGAGCAGAUUUUCAGAUGGCUGAAUCAAACCACCUCUCUCCUGAUUGGGAUAUACCGGCUGGUGAAGCCCUGCUUCAGGAUGUCUUUGGCAUUGUUAUGGAUGAGGCUGUACGAAAAGGAACUGAUGCCUCUGAGAAGGUCUGUGAGUGGAAGGAGCCAGAGGAGCUGAAGAAACUGCUUGAUUUGGAGUUACGGAGCCACGGAGAGAAGCAGGAACAGAUCCUUGACCGGUGCAGGACCAUCAUCCGAUAUAGUGUGAAGACCUGCCAUCCUCGGUUCUUCAAUCAGCUCUUUUCAGGGCUGGACCCUCAUGCUCUGGCUGGUCGAAUCAUCACGGAGACCCUCAACACUAGUCAGUACACUUAUGAAAUUGCUCCUGUGUUUGUCCUCAUGGAGGAAGAGGUGCUGAAGAAACUCCGGGCCCUGGUGGGCUGGAGCAGCGGGGAUGGGGUCUUCUGCCCGGGUGGUUCCAUCUCCAACAUGUAUGCGCUCAAUUUGGCACGUUACCGGCGGUAUCCUGACUGCAAACAAAGGGGACUUCGGGCCCUCCCACCCUUGGCCAUCUUCACAACACAGGAGAGUCACUACUCUAUUCAGAAAGGAGCUGCUUUCUUGGGCAUGGGCACAGACAGCAUCCGACUGGUCAAGGCUGAUGAAAGGGGAAGAAUGAUCCCACAGGACUUGGAGAAACAAAUUAAUCAAGCUGAAGCAGAGGGUGCUGUGCCACUCCUUGUCAGUGCCACCUCGGGCACCACAGUGCUGGGAGCCUUUGACCCCCUGGAGGCCAUCGCUGAUGUGUGCCAGAAACAUGGGCUGUGGCUGCAUGUGGAUGCAGCCUGGGGUGGAAGUGUCCUGCUAUCUCAGACACACCGACACCUCCUGGAUGGAAUUAAGAGGGCUGACUCAGUGUCCUGGAAUCCCCACAAGCUGCUUGCCGUUGGACUGCAGUGCUCAGCUCUCCUCCUUCGGGACACCUCAAACUUGCUGAAGCAAUGUCACGGAGCCCAGGCCACCUACCUGUUUCAGCAAGACAAGUUCUACGAUGUGUCUCUGGACACAGGAGACAAGGCGAUACAGUGUGGCCGUCGUGUAGACUGUCUGAAGCUGUGGCUCAUGUGGAAAGCUCUGGGUGGAUCGGGGCUGGAGCAGCGUGUGGACUGGGCUUUCACUCUCACCCGGUACCUUGUAGAGAAGAUAAAGAUGCGGAAGGGCUUUGAGCUGGUCAUGGAGCCAGAUUUCAUAAAUGUGUGUUUCUGGUACGUACCCCCCAGCCUUCGUGGACAGCAGGACAGUGCUGAUUAUUGUAAGAAGCUGGCUAAGGUGGCGCCGGUGCUUAAGGAGCGCAUGGUCAAAGCGGGCUCCAUGAUGGUGGGCUACCAGCCCCACAGAACCUUGCCCAACUUCUUCCGCCUGAUUGUGGCUAACCCAGCCCUGCGCACGGUCGACCUGGACUUCUUCUUGGAUGAGCUAGAGCGAUUAGGCCAGGACUUAUAAUUUCUCUAGGUUGACUAAUAAGCCACAGUUCUUAUAAAUGUAAAGUACUCUUUACAUUCUCUUUCUUCUUGUUUGCCCUGAAAUUAAUUGGUGAUGAUGAGAGGUGGUGGAGGAGGAGCAGGGAAUCAGUUAGCCAAUGAUAGAGCAUUUAUUAAGCACCUAGUAUGUGCCAGGCAUGGUACUAAGUGCUGGGAAUACAAACACAAAAAGUGAAGCAAUCCCUCCUCUGGAGGAGGGCACCUUCCUGUGGAGAAGAUAGUGACUACAUAUAUGUCUAUACAGAAGCAAUAUAUAACGAGAGUAAAUACAGAACAGUUAAAUACAGGUUACUUUGAGAGGGAGGACACUGGUAUUUAGGGGGAUCAGGAAAGGCUUCAUGUAGAUGUAGAUGAGUCUCGAAGGAAGAGGGAGCUUCUGGGAGCUGGAGGGAGGGCGGAUGUGCAUUCCAGGCAUGAGGGAUGGUCAGGGUAAAUGCAUAGAGAUGAGAGUUAUGUGUGUGAAGCAAAGAGAAGGCCAUUUUGGCCAGAUCUCGGAGGGUGGGAGCAGGAGCAACAGCCAAUACAUAGGUUGGGUCCAGGAUCUGAAAAAUAAACAGGUGAAUUUCCGUUUUAUUCAGGAGGCCAUAGAGAGCUGCUUGGAGUUCAUUUAGUAGGGGAGUGACAGAGCUGUGCUUCAGGAAUACCACUUUGGCAUCUAUUUGGAGGGGGGACUGCAGUGGAGAGAACAAAGUAGGGGGUCCACUUAGGCUUUUGCACCAAUCUAGGCAAGGGUACAUGUGUGAGUAGAAGGAAGAGGCAAGAUGCAAGGGAUAAUGUUGAAUGUCAAGAUUUGGCAAUUUGUGAGUAUUGGGAGAGUGAGGAGUCUUACUGACUUGGGUCUCAGGUUACAAACUUGGGAGACUAGGAGGAUUUGGACAGAAAUAGAAAAGUUUGUAAGACAGAUGGAUUUUGGGGGAAAGAUGAUGAGUUCUCUUUUGGACAUGGUAAGAUUGAGAUGACUCCAGGACAUCCAGGUUCAAAUGUCCAGUUGAGAUAUAGGACUGAAGUUCAGGGCAGAGAUAGGCAGCAUACAUAAAUAUGUGGGUCACCUGCAUAGAGAUAAUUACACCGUGGGAGCUGAGGAGCUUAGCAAGAGAAAGAAGAGAAGAGGGCGGCUGAGAAGUAACAGGAGAAACAGGAAAGAGAGUUGUCACAAAAGAGAGAACAUCCAGGAGAGGAGGAUGGUCAGUCACAUACUUCAGAAGGGUCGGGAAGGAUGAAGGCUGAGAAAAGACCAUCAGAUUCGGCAGGUGAGAGAUCAUCAGUAGCUUUGGAGAGAUUCGUUGGAGUUGGGAUUGAGGAAUGAAUGAGAAGAAAGGAAGUGGAGGCAAUAAGUAUAAGACAGGAGUUUGGCCAAAGAAGGGAGGCGAAAUAGAGGGUGGUCACUUGAGUGUGUGAUAGGGUCUAGGGAAGGUUUUUUUAAGAUGAGGGAGACUUGGAUAUGUUUGGAGGGAGGGAACCAAUAGAUAUGGAAAGGUUAGAGAUUUGAAGUGGGGAUUGCAAUCUGUUGGAGAUUAUGGGAGGGGGGGAUGGGAUCAAAGGCACAUGUACAAGGGGAAGGGCCACCUAAUUGUUAGAGACUAGGAGAAAGGAGGAGAGAUGUCAAGUGGUUUUGAGGUGAAGAGAAUAGCAAUGAGAGAGCUCAGGUAAAAUGACCUUAGUUUUCUCAGGAAAGUGAGAAGCCCUCAGAUGAAAUGUUGGAGGGAAGGUGAUGUAUGGGAGGCUUAAGGAAAGGGGAGAAGAAUUGGAAGAGCUUCUGUGGGGAGUAAGAGAGAGACUCAGUUAGAGAGGAGUAAAAGGAUUGCUUUGCUGCCGAGAGGACCCAGCUGAAGUUGGAGAACAUGACUCUAUAAUGUUCCAGGUCAGAAAGAUUGCAUGACCUUCUCUAGCUCUUGUUCAGCAGCUUUUUAUUAAGUGAUGGGGAAGGUUGGUAGAGAACAUUAGGGGAUGGAAGUAGUAAGGUAUGGAUUAAAAUUGUUGGGAGCAGGAUCUUGGCUUUGUGACCAGGAUUUCCAGCCAAGCCUGGAGCAUUUUUUGUGAGACUAUUGUAAUUGGUGGAAAGAAUGGUAUCUGCCUAUGUGAGGGGUAGAGUUGGUGCAGAAAGUUUUAAAGAGAAGCAUUCUUCACUUCCUUCUUUAAAAAGAUGACAAUUCUGCUUCUAUACUCUUUUCGGGACCAGUUCCAGGCAGGAGAAAUAGAAAGGCUUUCUUGUAGCCAUGUAGGGGAAGCUGUCUUCCCAACAAAUGCCUGAUUCCUAGUUUGUUUUCUUAGAGACUGGAGAAUUUCUCCUUGGGUUAGGUUGAGGCUAUUCACUUGGUUAAACAAGAUCCCAUCUCACGCCUGCCUAAAGAGCGAGAUCGCCUAGCUAAAGAACUCUUUUACUUAUGUGUAUUUUCUGAUAUAUUCUAAUCUAUAGAACUUCUCCAACCUCUGUUUGUUGUCCAUUUAUAUAAAAGUAUUUACUCACUCUUCA